GAAGUGAACAAGAGGUGGAGGCAUGAUGAAGAAGAAAGAACUCGCAUUUGUGAACAAUGGAGAAGAGAAGCGGAUGAACACAAACAUGAAGUGGAGGAUGGAUGGAAGCAUGAAGAAGAAGAACACUUGAGAUUGAAUAUGUUUUGGACCGACUUGACAUCCCACAUGUGCAUGACAUAUGCCACUCAAGAGUACACUGCCCAACUGGUGAAUGUUCCAUCAUACUGCAAACACUGCAUGAAGGCUUGCAUGGCCACACUGGUAGAAAUCCACAGGGCUGAAUACACACCUAAGUGGUGCAAGGAUCAUGUAGGUGGUCCAAACGACGUAAUAGGUCAUUGGGAAGUCGACCAGCAUGAACCAGAUUGCGCGUUGUACUGGAGCUUGUACAAAGACCUUGGCUGUGUUUCACCUGGAUCCAGUCAGCAAUGUAUUGAACAUCACCUCAAGAACCUCCUGUCAGGAGGUGAUUGGAAGGAGUUUUGUGCUACCACCCCUGCAAGCUUCCGUGGGAUGCAUUUUAUGGGGGCAGAAUUCUGC